UAAUUUUAAUCUGCCCACGAAGGACCAGCAAUAUCAUUAACAUGCACUGCAUGUAAUGUUAAAGUAUUCUGGUCUUUUUUAGCGUUACUUUUAUAUAAUUUGUCUGGCGACAUAAGAGAUAAAUCUUUUUCUUUUAUCGUCAUGUUUAUGCAAGUUUCGUUACAUGCUUUUAAUGACGACUUAAUAACGCAAAUUGCAUUAACGGUUGCCGAUGAAAGUUUAUUACGUUUAUUAGUUUUAACAUCAGUUAAAAGAGAAAACAUUCUCUCCGCAUCGGCAUUAGAAUUGGGAAGACAUCGAACAGCAUUUACAACACUUUUUAAAUUUGGAUAUUUAGCUCUAUUAUUAACGUCCUGACAUUGCAAAAUUCUUUUCCACAUUUUGUCAAAUGUUUUUGUUGAAAGACUUUGCUUUUCUUCAUUUGUAAAGUCUGAUGGCAAUGCAAUCCAUUCUUUCUUUAAACCAUCUUCUUCAAAACCACCGAUAGUUUUGGCUACGAAAGAAACAUCUUUAAAUGAUGUUUCUCUAUCUGUAUUAUAUAAAGUUAUAUAUGGUCGGAAAAUAUUUAAUUUUGAUAAAAAUAAAUUAUUAAUGGGUAACCUUUUGCGAAUUUCUUCUGCAGCAGUCACAUAAAACGACACACAAUUCUCUCGAACUGUUGCAACAUCGUUUUCGUGACCUUGCAUAAUUAUUUCGUUUAGAUAUUCAUCGCAAUCGGGUCCAAAAGUAAUUUCAUGUAACACUUUAUGAUUUUCUUUUUCAGAGAAUACUAUAUUCAUAAUGUUCUCUGUGAAAGAUUUCAUAAGUUCAUUUUUCAAAAAAUGUUUGCAAAUUUUAAAAAGAAAUUGAACUGAUUUAGAAUGUAACAUAUGUAUCCGCGUUUCUGUUGCUUGAAAGAAUGCAUUGAAUGCAUUAAAUUCAUUUAAAAUAUAUUUUAAAAAUAAAAAAUACGCUUUUACAUCGACUUUGCGCAUUAUAAUCAAUAAUUCUUCUCCAGAUUUACUUUUUUCACUGACAACUUGCUCAGUUAAGAAAAGUUCAAUUGUAUGCCAAGAUUCCAGAAGUCUAUCUACGCAUUGAUAAUGAGAAAGCCAGCGUGUUUCACACAAUUUUUUUAAUUUUAAAUACCUAUUUUCAAAACUGAGACAAAAUUCACGGAAAAUAGCAGUACGUUUUGGACUGCUGUUAACAUAUUUAGCAAUUCUUUUUAAAAAGUCAUCGCAAACAUCGGGUAUGUUAUUACAUGCAGCACGAGCUGCUAACGCUGCGGAAUGGCAAGGACACGAAAAUGUUAACAAAUUUGGACAUAAUUCUUCCAGUUUUUUUUUAAAUGAUUUUUGUUUCCCAGUCAUGACAGACGCAUUGUCGCAUGACAAGGCAACAAUAUUUCCAAAUGGUAUCUUUAAUCGCCACAUUUCACAUUUAAAUGCGUUAAUUAACUUGUCCGAACUGGAAUCUUUGGCAUCUAUAUCAAUUAAUUUUACUAACUGAAUGCGAAUAUCUAAUAUCUCUAAAUCUACGUAUCUUACAAGAAAAGUCAUCCAUUUGUCAUUUGUAAUGUCAGACGUUUCAUCAAUAUAUACGCAAAAUUUUUGAUUUUGUAUGUUGUUCACAACACGUUCUCUCAUCAUUGGGUAUACUGCAUUUGUGACAACAUUUCUGCACUUUAUACGACCCAUUGUCAUUUUUUUCAAUACAUGUGGAUCAUCAGAUAAAUUUUGGAAAAAUUCUAAAAUGUGUUUUGCAUUAUUAAAAGAAAUAUCGAGACUAGCAAUUAAUGUUGCAUAUCUCAUUUCAGCUUCUUUUUUACGUUCCUCAAAUGGCAAAUCAUUAUUUCGUGUAUAUGAUUCUUUACUACACGUGUUCUUUUCUAAAUUUUUACAUUUAUCUAAAUGAGUUUUGGAUUCUGCGUGUCGUUCAAUAUGCGAUAAUCCACCUGAUAUACUUCCAUAUGUAUCGCAAAUUGAACAUAAAAAUAAACUUUUAUUAUGUGCCACUUCGCGUAACCAACAUUUAUAUUCAUCAAUUUCUAACCAUUGUGGCUGAAAUGUUUUAUAUCUUUGUUGUGAUAUUUCAUCACUGUUUUCUAAUAAUACUUUUUUAAGUUUAUUUUUAUGACCCACAGAAUCCAUAUGUCUCAAAACAUAUGCUGAAUUGCAUGACAAAUUUUUAUUGCAUACAGUGCAAUGGUAGAGAGAAUUGUCGGAUGGAACUUUACGUAUCCAAGAUUUAUAUCGAUCAUCGGAAAGCCAAGCUUCUAAGAAGGUUCGCUUUCUUUUUUUGAUCGAUUUAUUGGACAUUUCCGUAUAAAUUAAAUAAUAAAUAUAUAUAAAUAUUACCAAUGUCACAGAAAGAGAUUAGGAUCCCGUGGUUCGUCACUCCCACAAUAUUUAUUUACUAAAUCCUAUUCUCUUUCGGAAUAUGUGGGUGUGUGUGUUGUGAAUGUGUUGUGUAAAAAUUCGUUUUACCUUUUUGGUCGUAAAUAUUUGCCAACUGAAUACAGAGCUCUAAUCAGCAGCAAGACGUUGCGACCAAAUAGAUAACAAUGAACAUAGCGCAUAGAAAAACAAUUGAAGCAUAUUUCAGAACAGUGAUGCUACAUUUAGGCCGCGUCUCACUAAUCGGUUGGUAAAAAAUCAUGUGGACGCGCGUUUAUCGAUGAUCUGCGUCUCCACUGUCAUUUGUUUAUGUUCCUGCGACAGCGACGGACAGUGAUAUGGCAGAUAAACAGAUCGUAGUCCGUCAAGGACCUUCCGUGCUCCAACGAAGAUUGGAGCAUAUGGAGAGAAGUAUGGAGGCGAUAGAGAACAUGCUGCAAGAGUGGCGGCAACAGCAGCAGCAACCGCAGCAGCAGAUAGACCGCCUUGAACAAGCGGUCAAUCUGCUGCUGCAAGAACGCCAGCAACAGCAGCCGCAGCAGCGUCAGUUGCAGCAACAGGAGCAACCGCAGCAGCAGCAGGAGCAACCGCAACAGCAGCAAUUGCAACAGCAGGAGCAGCUGCAGCAUACUUACGAGCGGCAGCAAAAUAAUAUCCGUAGAAAUGGACCAGGACAUGGGCGUUCCCGCGCCCGUUGGUACCGCCAACGCGGGAUCUUCAGAGGCAGAGGCGGAAGAGGAAGUAGUAGUGGCGGAAGGGGAAAAGGAACCAUUAUUAUUAACAAAUAUUAUAAUAUUUAAAUAAAAAAUUUAAUAAAAUGAA